GAUGCCGCCUCCUGCCAACAUCGUCGUCGAGCGAGCAAGCCCAGCUGACGUCGAGGCCAUCAACCACGUCUCCGGCCAGGCGUUCAUUAGCGACGUGCACAGCCAACUUAAGGCGCAAAAGCAGGGCAAGGACGUGGCGACGUGGAUGGUGGAGGGAUGCGAUCCAAACCUGAAGAACUACAUCGAGAACACGCGGGUACUACGUGCUCGACACCGAGGGCAACCGGACCUCACAGGAGGUUCCGCCGCCGUCAACGUACGAAGAUGCAAAGUCCACAUACGAUGACGCGAAGAAGAGGUGGAAGGCGGAGGACGCUGCACAAACGACGCGGCCCGAAGACGGACAGCCACGGACGAUUGCAGGGCUCGAGGCGAGCACGAACGCGAGCAUGCAGGAGUGGAUAAAGCGGUUCAUGCCUCCUGGCACGCGGUGCCGGUUUAUCAUGGGCAUCAGCGUGCAUCCGUCCUACGCGGGCAAGGGAGUCGGGUCGGCGCUCAUGAGGGCUGGGACGGAGCUCGCGGACAAGGAGAGGGCGUGGUGCUGGGUGCACUCGAGCAUGAAUGGUGCACCUGCGUUCGAGAAGAACGGGUUUGAUGAGGUUGGAAGGAUUGAGCUGGACUUGGAUGAGUUUGCACAGGGAGAUUCUGAUAGGGAGAAGCUAGCGAGGAAGGAUGAGGAUGGAAAGUGGGGAAG